CUUCAAGGAUGCACUGUGCACUGCUGCUUGUGUCCCUGUGGGCUCUGACUGGAACGGUGUUCCUGCAGUCUACAGGGUCGUGCCCAGAGAGACUUCUGGGAGAGGAGAGGAGGAGGACGUGCCCUCGGCCAUGCAAAGCUGACAGAGACUGUGGGAACAAGCGCCAGUGUCUGUGUGACGGCCAGUGUGGUCUCAGCUGUGUGGCUCCAGGUCGUACUUGUCCCUGGCCUCUACCCCCUAAUGAAAAUUCAGUAGCUCGGCUCCUCUCUCCCACUCACUCCUUUUCUGCCCUGCUUGAAGUGCGCUGCAAGCCUGGAUUCACGUUGCCCAAUGGCUUGGAGGCCACUAUUCGUCGUUGUCAAGGUGACCGACAGUGGAGUGGGGAUGAACCCAUCUGCACAGAGACUCAGUCACCUGAGCCUGCUGCUGCACAAACCUGCCCUCUGCCUGAGGAAGUCACCAGCACCUUCAGCAUCCAGGGCAACGCUACUGUUGGAACUUUCAUCCACUACAGCUGCCUGUCUGGAGCGGAUAUAGUGGGGAGCAGUGAGAAUUUCUGUCAGGAUAAUCAGACCUGGCAGUAUCCUCACCCCAUCUGUAAGAAAGUGUACUGUCAGCCUCCUAAAGAAGUGCAGCAGGGCUAUGUGGUGGCUGUUCAGAAGACUGAAUAUGAGGUGGGCUUUGACAUUCACUACCUCUGCAAGAAGAACUUCCUGCUGGACGGACCCCGGAAGGUCACCUGUCUAUCAAACGGUAGCUGGAGUGCAUUGCCACCAUACUGCAGAGCUCGCUGUCUCAUCCCUGCUGAGAGAAGCCGUGUGGUGACUGGAGGAAUGAAGCGCUGGCCAUUUGAUGUGACAGAUGCCAUGGUUCCUCAUGGGGAAAAUGUGACUUUUUACUGCAAACAUCCUCACAAACUUUGCAGUUUCACUGCAUCCCAGACCUGCUUUGAUGGAAAACUGCAGCCACCAGCCUGCUACCUUGAACCAACAUGGUUGCAGUAUAAACUCUUCCCACAUCGACUGGUCUCAGAGAUUGAAGCAUGUGAGCCUGGUGAUGUGGAGUGAUGAUUUUGACACCAACUAACACCCAUGACACUGUGUCACAGUGCAAACACCUCCUGACACACACCAGUGCCCUAUUCCGUCAUCCUGACCACUCUCCACCUUCAACUAUCUUUGCUAUGAUUGUGGUCUGUUAGACAUCUCUUAUGGAUCAGCAGGUUGUCUCUCCUGUGCUCGUUGCAUAACAGGUUAGAACAGCAGGGCCUCCUGCUCACUAUCAAAGUACAGGCAUAAUUUUAACCUCAAGUGUUACUUUGAUUCUCCUCCUGUGUGAACCAGUAUAUACUGUAAUGCUAUCCAUAGACCUCCAUGAUGAUGUACAGUAUAAAUAGUAUAAUGCAUUUGCUGCACUAGUUACGCCUGUGAUGAUACCUUGGUGUAGCCUAACUCAUAAUGACGCUGUGAUUUCUCACUGUGUGACCUUUGUUUCUUCUGUUGAACCUGACACAUCAAGUCUUUAAGCUUGUUAAGUUUAAAAAAUGUGAGUUAUUUGAAAUAAAAUAAUACCAAAUUGUUUGCUCUUUGGUUUCCUUUUAACUGCACAUAAGGUUGUGCUGGGUGAGCUCAGGCCCAUUUUCUCCAUCCUCCUGAUCUCCUUCUUGCCUUGCCCCCCAUCCCUCAGGCUCUCAGGCGUGCAGCGCCUUUCUGUGCAGGCUGCAGGUUCAACCAUACUCAUAGGCUGAACAUGGUUACUGGUCGGACCCGGUAGGCUGCGACACCAUAGCAACUCCCCUUGACCCCUCCCUCCUUCAGCAUUCGCAGCAUCACCCUUUACACUGCACAGUCAUAUUUGGUCCUCCGGAAAUAUCCUCAGCUCGGAAAUAUAAAUAGGUAUGCCCUAAAAUGGAUUCUCAGUUGGCUUCAGUCCUGACCAGUGGCAGCCUGGAUGUCCAAAAUGGCAGCCAGUGUUCAGAGGUAUCAGGGCCAUUGACAGAGGUUUUCUUGGACUCAAAGGACAAAACCUCAACCAAUUCUGUCCCAGGUAACCUCCAGCCAUGCCCUGUCAAAGCAGCAGUGACCAUCAGACAAGACACUUCUUCAAUCAAUGGGAAAAAGCCAGAGGUGGGCGGGACUUCUAAGCCAGCCUCUCAGGAAAUAAGCAAGAUUGGUGGGUUCAGGCAGCCAAUUACAGUAAAGACAGGAGUGCCUGUUCUGCGCAGCCAUCCAAUAAGAAUCAAAAUUGUUGUUCCUUCACGGUGCAAGAGGCCAAUCACACACCCCACCAUCAGCCUGACCAAAGACUUUGCUCACUCACAUUUUAGACGACCUGUUUUAGUCUCAUCUGGAGCAGUGAUCACAGAAAAAAACAGGAGUAAAAUCCAUAUAUCUGCUGUUAAGAAUGAAGGGGAGAUCAAUGAAGUUACAAAUCAAAAGACUGAGCAACCUAAACCGGAAUCAUUCCAUGGGAUGGAAGCAGGGACGGGGGAGAAAAUGUGCAAAGAGAGAGAGAUUUUUGAUGCUAAAAACAUCCACACUGAUGUGUCACAAACACCUUUUAUCUCCUGCAUUAACACAGUAAAAAUAUUGAGUCAUCAGGGGAUUAAAGAGGAAACUGCAGAGAGAGAAACUGAGAAAAGUAUUCCUCUAAUUUUGCACGAGAUGGAGUCUUCUAAGAUGUUUGAUGAGGUUGUGACAGAGGAGCAGACAGAACCACUGGACCUGAGUUUGCCCAAGAAAAAAGAGAG